AUGGCAGAUAAACGCAGUGCCGUGGAUAGUGAAAGCAUAAUAGAAACCAAGAAAAAAGCAAGGCGUGAGCAGAAGUACAGAGAAGUCUGGGAAAAAGAAUUUCCAUGGCUAAGACCAUCCAGGAAGGGCUCGUGUAAAGCACUGUGUAAAAAAUGUGGUGUUGAAAGUGAUCCAAACUAUCCAGAAAUCCACGGGGAUUCAGCGUGGGGUAAACUGAAGCUUACGUCUGGCAGCUGCCGCGAGGAGUACUUCACUACCCGGGACUUCACGGGACUUCACUACUGUUAUGUCUUGUCUGCUACACCGGCGCUGCUCAGAGUUGAGCUGAGGCCCAAACCCAGGGUGUGUGGCAAGAGGUACGUACAUCGUAACUCGUGGCGCUCCGCCUCACAAUUAUCAAGUGUUCUCGUGUGCCGGCCUGCUGAGGGAGGGAGAAGGGAGAGAGGUGACCAGAAGAGGCUUGGGAGGAGAGAGAGAGGCGAGACAAAGGUACCCAGGCCAGCAGGUGCCCUGCUGGGCUCUGACGUGGCUCCAUCCAGCUGCAGUGAAAGGGUGAGGCCAGGCAGCAGCAUGAGUGAACAGCAGCAGCAGCAGCAGUCUGCCUUAGGUGUGGGGAAGUCCAGGCAUGGUGGCAAGAAUGACCUGGGGUCAGGCAGGUCCACCAACAGAGGAGAGAGAAAGUUUGUGUGUCAGCAGUGUGAUAAAACUUUACAUCCAGACAUGGACUUAGACUACACACCAUGA